GGUUGUUUCCUGCGAGAAGGGUUCAACCUCGCUUGUGACGCCGAAUCCCCAAAAUUCGCGAUUGGUAGAGUCCCUGUUACCAACAUAUCGCUUGCUGAAGGUGAGCUAGCUGCAUUUAAUGACUCUCAAAGCCUAUGAUUGCUAUGACGAAUAUGGUAAUAUGACAGAACACCGUUCCCCAGAGUUCGUGUUCCCUCCUUCGUUCACCAUCUCUAGUACCAGAAAUAAGUUUACGGCCGUUGGCUGUGAUACUUAUGCACUUCUGCAAGGGAACGGCGCUGAUGAAGAUACGUACCAAACGGGUUGCAUGUCCAUAUGCAACAAUCUUGACAGUGCUGUUAACGAGUCAUGCUCUGGCAUCGGGUGUUGCCAGACUUCCAUCCCUAUCGGACUCAAGAAUCGAACAUUCAUAUUGGCUAGCCCUUCUAAACAUAAGAAGGUAUGGGGGUUCAACCGCUGCAGCUACGCCUUCAUUGUGCAAGAAGACAAGUUCACAUUCAACCCUAAAACAAGUUUUCCAGUACUGUACAACACCGAAAGGCUUCCCACGAUUUUUAACUGGGAAAUUCAGGAUGGGCCAUGUGCCAAAGCUCAAAAGAGGUCCGACUAUGCUUGCAAGGCAAAUAGCAAGUGUGUGAACAGAACCAUCAACAGCCAGACUGAACCGUCUGGUUACUAUUGCCAGUGCUUGCCAGGCUUCGAAGGGAACCCAUAUCUCCCAAAUGGUUGCCAAGAUAUUGAUGAGUGCAAGGCUUCACAAAUUGACCUCUGCCACAAUGGAAGGUGCACAAAUUUUGAAGGAAAUUACUCAUGUUUAUGUAACAAAGGUUUCAGAAACCAAGAUCCGUGGAGGUGCAUCAAAGACAACACCGACAAUCAAUCUGCUAGAAAACUCUUUCUCAUUUUAAUGGGUACUGGCAGUGGUGUUGGACUCUUGUUGCUUGUUAUUGUUGCUUGGUGGUUCCGUGAUGUCAUGAAGAAGAGGGAAGACAGAAUACGCAAGGAAAAAUUUUAUAAACAGAAUGGUGGUUUAUUAUUAGAACAACAAUUAUCUUCGGGAGAAGUUAAUGUUGAAAAAAUUAAGUUGUUCAGUUCAAAGGAAUUAGAAAAAGCAACAGAUCGUUUUAAUGUAGACAGAAUUCUUGGAGAGGGAGGCCAAGGUACCGUUUACAAGGGAAUGUUGACAGAUGGGAGAAUUGUUGCGGUAAAGAAAUCUAAACUAGCUAAUGGAGGUGAAGUUGAACAAUUCAUUAAUGAAAUUGUGAUUCUUUCACAAAUUAACCACAGGAAUGUGGUUAAACUAUUGGGUUGUUGUUUAGAGACCGAAGUUCCUCUCUUAAUCUAUGAAUUUUUGCCCAAUGGAACACUUUCUCAGUAUAUUCAUAAUCACCAAGAUGAGGAGUUUCCUUUUACAUGGGAGACGCGUUUGCGAGUGUCAACCGAAGUUGCAGGAGCUCUUUUCUAUUUACACUCGGCAGCUUCUUAUCCUAUUUACCAUCGGGAUAUCAAGUCUACAAACAUCCUCUUAGAUGAUAAGUAUAGAGCAAAAGUUGCAGACUUUGGGACUUCAAGAUCAGUUUCUGUUGAUCAGACACAUCUUACCACACUAGUACACGGAACAUUUGGUUAUUUAGAUCCGGAGUACUUUCAGUCUAGCCAAUUUACAGACAAGAGUGAUGUGUAUAGUUUUGGUGUGGUUCUUGUUGAGCUCUUGACAGGACAAAAACCAGUUUCUGUGACAAGGUCGCAAGAAAGCAGAAGUCUAGCAACUUAUUUCCUUAUUUCCAUGGAGCAGAAUUGUCUGUUUGAUAUUAUCGAUGCUCAGGUUAUGAAGGAUGGUGGGAAAGAGGAGAUUACAAAAGUAGCUAACAUUGCAAGGAGAUGUUUAAAUUUGAAUGGAAAGAAUCGUCCUACUAUGAAAGAAGUAGCAGCGGAGCUGGAGGAAGUUCGAUCAACAAUAAAAUCUUCUGAUCAUGUUGGACAAAUUAAGUUGGCAGAGGAAGGAGAUUUUAGAGCUCAUGAAAUUACCACCAAGGCUUAUUGGGAUGUUGUUUCUACAUCAACCGGUCCUUUUACAGAUGGUGGUACUGGAUCUUCAUGCGAUGUACAACCACUGUUGUUUUCCAAUUAAUACAUAUUAUGUAUUAGUGAAUAAAUGUUUAUUGUAAGGCGCGCAUGUAGCUGGUCUUGCAUCGUUUUAUAUA